AUGAUACCAAUUGAAAAAUUGUUGGAGAAUUCGAAACGGAUGAGCUGUAAGAAGAAAACAAGAAGUAGUGCGGUUUUGAAAAAUUUUGCUGACCUUCCAGAUCGUUGUAUAUUGCAAAUUUUGGAGAAGCUUAAAUACAGUGACAUUUGCAAUUUAAGGCUUGUCGACAGACGAUUGAAUCUUAUUAUUCAACGACACGCAAAUGCACUGCCUAAACACCAUCGCAAUGAAAUGACAAUUUUUGGUACUGAGGACGGAUUUGUUGAUUUUGAUAAACCUUAUCGAUAUUAUUGUUCUCAGACGUCUGAUACCUCGUUAAAGAGCUGUGAACUGGACAAUUCUUUGAGACAUAUCGUUCUGGACCGAUGUCUUAAUGUUGAAAAUGCACUAUUUGAUACCGCAUUACGGCAUUCGUUACAAAGAUCACAGCGGAAUCGUUUAUAUGAAAUUAAUUUUUCGAACUGCCACAUUAAUAUAAGUUGUAAAGAAAUGGCCUCAUUUUUGGCGCAUACUGGUCUACAGAAUUUGUCUAUACAAAACUGCAGCUUUGAAAAUCAGUUGACCAUCAGUGAUGAAAUUUUUGAUUAUUACAAACAUCUACAAAGUCUCUCACUUUAUUCUGAUGUUUUGCAAACGUUUCCAGCACUCACAAGCAAAACUUUACUCACGUGGGCAAAAACAGAAAAAUGGCCGAUAUUUAUUGCAUUAAACAAUGUACAAUGUCCUUUCAGUGUAAACAGCAUUUUACAGAUGAUCAAAAGCUAUAUUCGUUGGUGUUAUGAUGAUGCUUCAUCCAAUUUCAACUGUUCAAGAUCAAUUCUUUGGAACUUUGGAUACGUUAAUGUAUCGGCAAUAGAUGCUAAAAAUGCUUUAAAAACCAUAGGUCCCUUUGUGACCCUGUUCGACAGCAAAGAUUCUUUAGUGUCAGCCCAUGUUCGAUGCCAUGAUGUAGCUCCGCCACUUUUUUUACGUUUUCAGUGCAUAAAUAUCUUCGCAAAUCUAGUCUAA